UGGUGGAAGAAUGAACACUCGCCAGGUUGGCCAGAUUUCUUCAAACUAAAUAUGGCUGAGUGCUCCGACCAAUAAAAUUGGCAGGAGUCCAGACGUGCCCACCACUUGCAAAAGGAGAAAAACAUUGAAGAAGCAUUGGAAAAGGAACUACCUUUGGGCAUUCAUAGUUCAGAAGGAAGAUCGUGGGGUUUGUCAAGAGUUCUUUUUUUUCGGAUUCUUCUAGUAAUGAUAUGAAAUUCCAAUGUCAUCGAGGAGAUUGAUGAGAAGAUUGAGGACGUUCAUGGUAGGCUCUACCAAAUUCAUCCUUUUGUCCACUUUGUGCUGCAUUUUUGUUGUAUCUGCGGCUCUGGACUCUAUUGCAGAGAACCAAUCAAUCAGAGAUGGCGAUACAAUAGUCUCGAGCGGCGGGAGCUUUGAGCUAGGAUUCUUCAGCCCUAACAAUUCUGAAUUACGCUAUUUUGGAAUAUGGUACAAGAAAAUAUCUUAUCCGACGGUAGUAUGGGUUGCCAAUAGAGACUUGCCCCUGAAUGAUUCUUCUGGAGUCCUUAAGAUUGUUGAUCCUGCUGUUCUCGCCAUUUUCAGCGGAGAUAACCGCACUGUUUGGUCUUCAGACUCAUCUUUAGCUGCAACAGGUGCAGUUGUGGCUCAGCUCCUAGAUUCAGGGAACUUUGUCCUGAGACCUGAAAAUGACACCGAUCCAAGUAAGUACCUGUGGCAGAGCUUUGAUUACCCGGGUAAUACUUUUCUUCCAGGUAUGAAGUACGGUAUAGACUUAGGGACGGGCCUUAACCGCAUCCUGACAUCCUGGAAGAGUCUGGAUGAUCCCUCUAUGGGUGAUUACACAAACGGGCUCGACCCUAGUGGAGUGCCCCAGUUCUUCUUGAGGAAGGAUUCCGUCAUUGAGUUCCGUUCUGGACCGUGGAACGGCCUCCGCUUCAGCGGGAUGCCAAAUCUUAAACCAAACCCAACUUACACCUUCGAGUUUGUAUUCACCAAGGAGGAGGUCUAUUACACCUAUAAUCUCACGGAUAGCUCGGUUGUCUCAAUGAUGGUUUUGAACUCGAAUGGUGUCCUCCAACGUUUCACAUGGAUCGACCGCACUCAAGGGUGGAACCUGUAUUUGACAGCUCAGAUGGAUAAUUGUGAUAGGUAUGCAUUGUGUGGCGCUUAUGGAAGUUGCGACAUAAAUAAUUCCCCUGCCUGUGGAUGCUUGAAAGGGUUUGUGCCAAAAUAUCCUCAGUAUUGGGCGACGUCAGACUGGUCUGGUGGGUGUGUGAGGAAGACGCUGCUGGAUUGCCAGCAAGGAGAAGGGUUUUUGAAGUACUCUGGCGUGAAAUUGCCAGACACGCAGCAUUCAUGGUAUAACAAUACCAUGAAUCUUGAAGAGUGCGAGAAGGUUUGCUUCAAAAACUGCUCUUGCACUGCAUAUUCGAAUAUGGCCAUUAGUGGUGACGGCACCGGAUGCAUACUCUGGUUUGGUGACCUGAUAGAUAUCAGAGAUUAUGCUGACAACGGGCAAGAUAUUUACAUAAGGCUGGCUGCCUCUGAAUUAGCAGCAUAUAGAAGCUCAAAAGGGAGAAAACGAGUUCAGAUCAUAGUUGUCCCAGUAUCAUGUUCAGUAUUCCUUAUCAUUGGCCUAUGCCUGAUCUUGAAUAUCUUUAAGAAAAGGAGGAAGAAGAGGACAAGCAGAGAAGGAAUUGGCAGGAAGAAGCCAGAGCAAGACGGAACUAAGGUAAAUGAGAACACAGAUGUGGAACUCCCGUUGUAUGAUUUUGAUACAAUAAAUACUGCCACGAGCCAUUUCUCCUUUGACAAUAAGCUGGGACAGGGAGGCUUUGGACCAGUCUACAAGGGUCUAUUGGAAGAUGGAAAAGAAAUAGCAGUGAAGAGGCUUUCAAGAAGUUCUCGACAAGGACUCAAUGAGUUCAAGAAUGAAGUACUAUGUAUAUCCAAACUUCAGCACCGGAAUCUGGUGAAGCUUUUAGGAUGUUGCAUUCAAGAAGAAGAAAGGAUGCUGAUUUAUGAGUACAUGUCAAACAAAAGCUUGGACUCCUUCAUAUUUGAUCAAAACCGAAGAACAUUACUGGAUUGGCAGAAGCGCUUUCAGAUCAUAAAUGGCAUUGCCCGGGGGUUAUUAUAUCUUCACCAAGAUUCCAGAUUGAGGAUCAUCCAUAGAGAUUUGAAAGCUAGCAACAUCCUACUAGAUCACGAGAUGAACCCAAAGAUCUCAGAUUUCGGCAUGGCUAGAAUUUUUGGAGGAGAUGAGAGUGAAGGAAAUACUAACCGAGUUGUCGGGACAUAUGGUUACAUGUCCCCAGAGUAUGCAAUUGAUGGCCUGUUCUCAGUGAAAUCCGACGUAUUCAGCUUUGGUGUGUUGGUGCUGGAAAUUGUAAGUGGGAAGAGAAACAGGAAGUUCAGCCAUCCUGAUCACAAGCUUAACCUACUCGGCCAUGCAUGGAGACUGGCGAAGGAGCUGAAAUCUUGUGAACUGAUUGAUCCGUCAAUUGCAGACUCGUGCAAUGAAUCCGAAGUGCUAAGAUCAAUCCAUGUGGCUCUAUUAUGCGUGCAACAAAGUCCCGACGACAGGCCUAAUAUGUCAACUGUAGUUCUGCUGUUGAGUAGCGACAUAGCAUUGCCUCCGCCUAAAGAGCCCGGCUUCUUCAAUGAAAGAGAUCUGUCUGACAUGGAAUACUCAUCAAACAAGCAGGACCUUUCUUCAAACAAUACAAUGACAGUUACUUUACUAGAGGGCCGAUAAAAUUCAAA